CACCCUUUGUAAAAGUGAUUUUUUGUGAAAAUUUUAAUUCUUUUAUAUACAGUGAAAUAUACAAAAUUCAGUCAUGAAGCCAGUAAAUAUGCUCCAACCAGACCCUUCCUACCACUUAAAAGUGCAGGAUCCAGUACAUUCCCUAGAUUUCCUCAACCAGCAGCUAUUGACCGGAUGUGCAAGUGGCAAAAUCAAGAUAUUUUGUUUAUCUUCACUGCGAUCGAAUUAUGAACUGAAGGCAAGCUCAAGUCCAAUCGUUUUUAUUUCAUCAAAUACCGAAAGUCUGAUUUGCCAAGAUCGAGCUGGAACCGUUAAAGUUUAUGACUUAGAAAAAAAUGGAUAUGUGAUAAAUACUGAAAUUCAAACAAAUCAUACUGGAUUUGCACGAUCAAUUAGAAUUAGAGGCGAUAAGGAUAUACUCCUUACUCCAAAUGAUUCGUCUGAUAUUAAUGUUUAUGAUGUUCAAAACAUCUCCACUGUUCCUAUUCAUAAACUAUCCUUCACUGCUGAGGAAACGGGUCAAAUUAUGUGUAUGAGGGAACUGAAUUUUUCGACUGAAUCGUCAUAUUUACUUGCUGGCUAUGAAUCUGGGCACUUGGUGUUAUGGGAUCUAAAAGAAUUUAAAUUAGUUCAUAAUAUAAAAUAUGAUUUUCCUGUUUGUAAUGUUGAUUAUGAUUCGAGUACAAAUCGUGGAGUUUUAUCGUCGCCAACCAUUCACACAAUUCAUGUUUUUGGGAUUAAUCGAAUGAAUUUAGAAUUACAGCAAAGAGAUGCUGAGAACAUUGAACUUCAACACAAUGAAGGCAGAAAAGUUGCUGGUGUAAGCUCCUUAAAAAUUCGUUCUGAUAAAAAAUGUCUAUUUGUUGGAUCGUGCGAUGGUGUUGUUGACAUAGUUUCAUGGAAGUCAUUGAGAAAAUUGGCAACUUUAAGGAACCAUCGCAGUGAAAUAUCAGAUAUUGCAUUUUCUAAUACACAAAUAGAUAAUUUUAAAUCGAACUUAUCAGCUAUUGGAUCAAUUGACGGAAGUGUCUCUCUUUGGGAUAUUUAUUAUAAGAAAAGUUAAAUGCAUAGACUGAAUGAACGUGUAUUAUGUUGUUUUACGUACUCGUCUACGACACACGUUAAAUCAAAAAAAUAAAUAUAUUAUUAUAUGCUAUAAAUUAUCUAUCAAAUGGAUAUGAAACGGUUUUUCAAGAUUAUGUCGGCG